AUCAUAUCAUAUAUGAUAUAUAGCCAGCAAAAAACAAAAGAGAAAAAGAAAAGAUGAUAGGAAGGGAAGAUGUGUAUAAGGUGGUGGUGGGAAUUGCACCACUGUACGUAGCGCUGAUGUUAGGAUACAGUUCGGUGAAAUGGUGUAGGAUGUUCAGUCCAGAGCAGUGUGAAGCAAUAAACAGGCUAGUAUGCUACUUCACAUAUCCAUUGUUUGUAUUUGAGUUCACAGCACACGUGGACCCUUUCAAGAUGAACUAUUUAAUGAUGGGUGCUGAUGUGAUAUCGAAAGUAAUAAUAGUGAUGGUGCUGGGAUGCUGGGCCAAGUGCUGCAAAGGGAGCUACUGCUGGUCAAUAACGAGUUUCUCUCUAUCCACACUGACCAAUUCACUUGUGGUUGGUGUCCCCCUUUUGAAGGCAAUGUAUGGACCCAUGGCCGUCGACCUUGUCGUUCAGUCCUCCGUCUUUCAGGCACUUGUUUGGCUCUCCAUACUCUUGUUCGUCUUGGAACUCAGGCGCACAUAUCAUGAUCAUGUUGCUGCUGCUGAUCUUGAAAACCAGAGCAGCGGUGUUAUUGCGGAUGCCUCUAGGAUUAAUUUCUGGAAUUUGAUGAGACGUGUUUCCCUCAAACUCGCUAUUAAUCCAAACUCAUAUGCAUGUAUACUUGGUAUCACCUGGGCAUUCUUAUCUAAUAGGUGGCACUUUGAAAUGCCAAGCGUGAUGGAAGGAUCUAUUCUCAUCAUGUCAAGAGCUGGCACUGGCACUACCAUGUUUAGCAUGGGAUUGUUCAUGGCAUUGCAAGAGAAAGUGAUAGCAUGUGGAGCAAGUCUGACUGUAUUUGGGAUGGCCUUAAGAUUUAUUGCUGGCCCUCUUGCCAUGGCUUUGGCUUCCUUUGCUGUCGGUUUGCAUGGCGAUGUCUUACGCAUAGCUAUUAUCCAGGCAGCAUUACCACAAUCGAUCACGUCCUUCAUCUUUGCCAAAGAAUAUGGAUUGCAUGCAGAUGUUCUCAGCACUGCGGUUAUCUUCGGCAUGAUUGUGUCUCUUCCGGUGUUGAUUGCUUAUUACGCAAUUCUCGAAUUUGUACACUGACAAGUGACACCCUACACCAUGAUAAAUCAAAUUUAUAUGCAUCUCUUCAAGUUUAAGUAUAUUGUUUCUAAUUCGGUCGUUUUAUAAUCAAUAAUUAUGAUU